AUGCAUUUGAAUGGGCGUUCUGAUGACCAAUGGGCAACAUUUUUACGUAACAAAGAUCGAAAUCGUUUAUUACCUUAUCAUAAAAAAGUUAUUCAUAUGUAUCGAAUUUUUAAAUCACUUAUUAAAGCAAUUCAAGAUGCCAAAAAAAGUAUUGCAUCGAAUGAAACAGAAACAUUUUCAAGUGAAGAAGAAAAAAUCUUUAUCAAUCCAGAUGCAGAUAUUGAUCAUAUUAAUUUUGCCAAUGAAGCUGUAUUAAAUGAUAUUAGUGAUCUUUUUUCGUUUUGUAAAGAACAAAUUAACACUCGUUUCAUCAGCGUGCUUAUAUAUAUGUCUUUACGGCAUCUUGGUCAUUCAUGGAGAGACGUCGAGUCAUUUUUAACAUCAAUCGGUGGUAUGACUAUAAAAACAUGUCACAAAUGGACCAAUAUUUUAGUAAACAAAGAUUUUGAUGAAUUCACAAUUG